UACAUCAGGGAGCAAGUGUUAAUUAAUCCUCUGUUGAAUUUGAACUUUGGACGCAGUUCCCAUGGCUUCACGGAGGGGAUGCCCUCACAGUCAGAGUCACAGCCAUCUUCAGCGUCACUGCCCCCACUGCCCCCUCUACCAUCAUUGCCCCCACUGCCCCCUCCACAACCCUCACUUUCAUUCCAAGUCUUUCCAACAAUUACAUUAUUUCACUCCUCUUCCGCAAAAUUCACAUCUCUUCAAUCCCUUGCCUCUCAGAAAUCAUCCCAAUUCUGGGCCUGUUGAGUAUAAUAAUCAAUCUAUGACCUCUGAUGCUAUAAUUUCACAAGAGCUGGAGCAUGUAGAGCUAGAUGGUGAAGAAGAGGAUGAUGAACCAGUUUUUGUUCUAACUGAUGAAUGGAGGGAAUUCUUUGCUAAAUCUGAAGCCCGGAGGAAGCUAGAGAAGAAACAGGGCAAGAAGGGAAAGAAGUAAAGAGAGAAAUAGAGAAAUGUUCGUUAACAAUUUCUGUAUGGGUGAUCAAAAGGUUGUUAAUCGGUGGUUGAUGAUGAUCCUGCUUUUGAGAAUUUAAUUUCUUCUAAGCCAGAUGAGGAUGUAAUCUUUAGUCAUGUAUGACAACAAGGAGUCUUGUCUGCACUUUUUAAAAAGAUGAAUCACUUACUAAUAUUCGUUGUUCAUUUUUUUGUUUGUUAUUUUAUAAAUUUAUCCAUGGUAU